AUGGUAUACAAUUCGCUGACCGAGGCUCCUCGCAACCUCAAGGAGGGUAUGGACUGGUUCCUUGCCUUGAAGGGAACCGAUGCCGAAGCCAACUUGAAGGCUAUGGGCGCCGCGCUUUACGAUUUGCUCGCAGACACGCCUGUUGGCUUCAAGGAGGUGCCAGCUCUCGAAAAGGUAAAGCCUAUUUCUAAGAAGUUCCUGGAAAAAGGAGAGCUUAAGGACUACUCACACGUGAAAGACCUUCUGAAACGAUACGAGCAACCUAUGAACAAAACUGAUUGGCUGUGGUAUAAGCGUCACACCUCUUACCACCCAAGCGAUUAUAUAAACAUCAUAGGCUUCUUCCGUCUCAAUCCUGAGAAAAUCGCAAAGAAAUUAGGUGAUGUUCUCGAAAGCGACGUGGGAGGCAUCAUGUUCGAAAAGCCGGAAGCUUGCGCAGCGGUCCUAGCGGGAAUUGCGCCUAUGUUAUACGCAGGGCUACAGUCGUUAUUGGAUGCGGACAAAUCUGCAGAGAAGAAGGGUCCAGGUUCUAAGGCGGCGACUCAUUUGGGAGAGAUAAUGAAAGCCAUAGGUUAUGUCAAGCCUGAAUGCAGACAGGACUUAACUGCUCCAGAUGUCCACAAGGCGUUGAGAGGUGUGGAUAAGCAUGUUGUGUACACACUCUACGACAUCUCUGGCAUGUGGGCCUUCUAUUGA